ACCAUUUAUUACGUGUCUGAAAGGAUUUUUAAGUUAUUCUGAUGGAUUGGACUCAAAGACAAAAAAAUAUCUUUGGAAAAAAUACGUGGACAGGAACACCGAGGUUCGCUUUGCUUGGAAUAACUUCAACUUUUGCCAGUGAUCACAAUAUGUUACUUGCAAUGCACGACAACGUGUUGGCUUUCUUUGUCACUAGUUCACAACUACUCGAGCGAGUCAAAAGGAUGAUUUUUGAUUAUAUAGUCUCGAGCUCUUCGAUGCAAGCGACAUCGUUGGAAGGUGCGAACCUCCACAGCAAACCUGCCUCCUGGAAUCAUUUGCUUGACAAAUCAUCAAUCUCAAGCAUCCUGUGGGGAGAGCCGCUGACUGAAUUCGCAUACGUUGUUGAGCUUUACAUACACGCUGUAAGGCCGCGACCAAUAUGAGCGAAUGAUUAAAUCCGUUUUAAACGAUGCUGAAAACUUGGAUCUAUUUAUCGCCAAAAAGCUCUUCAGGGCCGCUGACAAUACCACUUUUAAAGAGAUCGCCAUAAAUUAUUUGUAGCAACUCGCUUUUCUGGAUAGCGCUGAUGGGUGAAGGCUGCAACAAUGUAAAAGCUAACAUUGGUAUUGGACAAGAAGAGCUAGAUAAAACAGUUAGAUAACUCAGACGAAUCAAGACAAUUGGCUACGAAUGAACUGUUUAAAAAGCGUACCACGCACAGAGAAUAAAAUUGGCGUUAAUCGAGGCACAAUAAAUAUUUCCAUCCUGGAUAUAUGUCGUUUUUGAAAUCAGGUGGCAAGGCGCCAGCGAAGCUCUGGUUCAAAUGAAGAUGAUAGAGUUUCGUAACCAAGAGAUCAGUAAAACAGAAAUAUCAAGUAUCAAUUUUAGAUUAAUAUUAAUAAUCAAAUCCAA